AUGGCAAGUACUAGGCCAUCCAAUUACGAUAACCAAUACAGGGGAGACAAUGAAAAUGGCUCUUUAGGGGAAAUAUCUGAUUUACAGCUUGAUAAAUCCCACGAAAACGUGAAUUUUCAAAAUUCAUCACCACCUACUCAGAAUUUGAUCAAUUCCGUUUUCGAAAACAAAGAGAAAUCCAAAAAACAAGAGAAUUUCCUUUAUGCAAAUUCAACAGGAGUUUCUCCUUUAUAUUAUAGACAAAAUAGUCAAGAUAUUGACUUGUUUUACAAUAAUUUGCAUAUUGAAGACCAUUUAUUUUCAGCUGAUAAUGAUCAAAAUCAUAAAAAUCAAUUAAAAUUGCCAAAUUCGACCCAAAAUUCAAAUAAAACCCAACUUAGUCAAAGAUCGUCAUCAUCAAAUACAGGAAGAGACAAACCAUCGUCUAGAAGUACUGCAAAUCCAAAUAUAUCAACUCCUGACUCGAAUUUUCAAUCAGCAAGAAAUCCGCCAAAGAAAUACGAUUUUCCAGUCCAUGGAUGGAGAUACAGACUAGAGACGCGUGAUGGCGAUAAUUUGCCUGAACAAAAACAUCAAUACGAUCCAUAUGGCCACAGACAUUUAGAUUUCGAUCAUAAAUCAAAGUACAAUAAAGUAACAGCUAAAUCUCAAUCGAACAAUAACAAUCAAAACUCAAAUCGACGCAAUAAAGAAGAAAUUCAAAAAUAUCCAAGAAAAACUUCACAAGAAGGACGAAUUACUCCUACUUACCAGAACUACCCACAAGAUACCCACCCAGGAUUAUAUGGAAGCCGUCAAAUGACCCCAAUUAUGUCAGAAUCUACUAGUAUUUUAUCUUCGGUCGAUCCGCAUAGUAUGUCGAGGAUAAUAUCGCCCGGACAGAACAUUGACGGCAUUCCUGAAGAGAAAAACGAAAAAAUCGAAAAAAAUUCAAGAAAUAAAAAACAAAUAAAGACAAAUUUACGACCAAAUGAAAUGCCUCCGAACAAUUUCAAUGAAUUUCUGGCUUAUUUAAACGCAAAUCGACAACUUCGGAAAGAAUUUCAGCAAAAUGACGAAAACCAAGCGAAGCAUGACCAAAACACUCGUUCUAAAUCACUUCCCCGUACAAAUGACCACGAAAACCAGGAAAAUCAGGAAGAAAAUCAAAAUUCCGAAGAUGAAUCUGAGGAAUAUUACUCAGAUUCAUACUAUGAUAGCUAUUAUGAGGAAGAAGAAACAGAACCAGAGAAAGAAGAACCCGUUUCAAGAGAAAAAGAUUUUAUUUCGAAUAAUUCUCCGAAAAAAGAACAAACUUUGUAUGAUGUAGCCGCAAUAUCCGAAAUAGCUACUGUUGCCGCUGUCAAUGCCCUCAACAAAGUCUUAAAUCUCCCUGCAAUUUUCCAAAAUAAUAAUCAACCGGAAAACAAACGGGAAAUGCUUGUAGACAAGACAGUCAAUACAUCCCAGAUCAUUGACACUCAAAAUAAUGAUAAGAAAUCCAUAAUUUCUCCUAAUUUGGACAAUAAUUCCAAAAAAGAGAAUUCGUUGAGGUCGAAUUCGCCAUCAAGAGAGACAUCGCAUAUAUCUAAUGGCAGCCGAAUCAAUUCCAGAGACAAUUCUCCGAUUCCUAAAAUAAAUCAACCGAGUUCGAAGGAAAAUUCGUUGUUGUUCAAUGGAGAAAAGAGAAAUGGUUCGAUUUUAUUCGAUGGAGAAAAGAAAAAUUCAAGAAAUUCGUCUCCAUCGAAAUCCCAAAUUCAAAAUGAAGAAAAAUCAACGAAUUUGGAGAAUUUCCCAUCUAAAAUUUCCCAAAACAAAGAAAACAAAUCAAGAAAUUCUUUGAAUUCGAAUUCUCAAAUUAAAUCUGACUUAAAAGAUGAAAAUUCUAAGUCAAAGAGCCAAAACAACUCCCAACUAAGAGAUUUAGAUGAUGAAAAAUCGAAUUCCAAAUUAAAAUCCAAAGAAAAUUCCAAAUCAAGCAUAAAAAGUGACGAAAAAUCGAAUUCCAAGCUUCCAAAUGAUGAGAAAUCAAACUCAAACAUCAAAAGUGAUGAAAAACCAAAUAAAUCUCCGAAUAAUAAUUCUGAAUUAAAAGAAGAGAACUCUAAAUCAAAGAGCCAACAUAACUCAGAGCUGAAAGAAGAGAAAUCCAACUCAAAAAUCAAAAAUGAAGAGAAAUCUUCGAUAUCAAGUAAAUCUCCAAAAGAAAGCACUCAAAAUUCGGAGAUAAAGGAAGAUUCGAGACAAAGAUCCAGAAAUUCUUCUCCUUCUAAAAGUAAUCAAAAUUCUUCGAUAAAAUUUGAUGAAAAAUCUCUUAAUUUGGACGAAAUUCAGAAGAACAGCCAACAGGACUCCCAAGUUAAAGAAGAAAACUCAUCAAAUUCCAAGAAAAACCAAGAUCAAAACUCAAAUUUGUCAAAAAGUCCUCAAAAUUCAAUGAUUUCUAGUAGAAAAUCAUCACCUUCCAAGUCAGGAAACUCCCAGAUCCAAGAAAACGCCAAUUCUCCCGAACUUUCCACUAAAUUAAAAGAAUCAGAUCGAACCCCAUCACCAAAACGCAAAAGAAGGCACUCCCCAGAUAAAACAAACAGAGUUAUCCAAUCAGAGAUCCAAACCGAAACAGUUUUCGACCAAGAACCAGUUCCAGAAGAUUUACUUCCACCUGAGGACACAAAUCCGAAAGAGGAACUUCCCCCAACCGAAAAAUCAGAAAAAUCGGAAAAAUCUGAAAAAAUUGAGAAGAAAAGUGAAAACCCAGAAGAAACUAAUGAAAGAAAGAGUGAAAACACUGAGAGCAAAGACUCAAAAGGACACAAGAGUUCGCACAAACACAAAUCGAAAGAGAAGAAAGAGAAGAAAUCUAAAGACAAACACAAAAAAGAUAAAAAAGAAAAUAAAAAGACAAAAGACAAAAAAUCUUCUUCAAAGUCAAAAGAUUCUUCAUCUAAAAAGAAGAAGAUAAAAGAUAUGACUCCCAAACUCAAUAUCACAAAGAACUCAAUGAUCAAUAACUCAUCAAACUUCGAAGAAUACGCUUCAGGUGAAGGAGAUUCUCUAAUUGAAGAAAUUAAUAAUGAAAAUGUCAAAAGUGAAGUGAAACCAGAAACCGAAAUCAAAGAAGAAAUAGAAGAAAAUGAACUUCAAAAUGAAAAAGAAAACCAAAAAAGUGAAACUGUCAAAAGUGAAGUGAAGUCAGAAACCAAAAAAGAAUCAAAACCACGGCAUCAUCGAAAACACAGAAGUUCACAUAAAAAAGACAAAAAUCCAGAAGAAGAAAAAGAAAAAAUUUCACAAGAAAACAAUCAAAAUUUGGAGAAAAAUUCUGACAAAAUUUUGAAUGAAAACAUGAAUGAAAAUUUAGAUCAUUUAGAAGAAAAUGUUUCGAAACAAGAAGAGAAGAUAACGAGGUCACAAAGUCAGCAAAUUUUCAUGCACUCACUUCAAAACCAAGAACAUAUAAAGAAGAACCAAAGUUUCACAGAAAUAAGUAACCAAAUGUUGUCAGACAUUCAAGAAGAGCAACAACAGACGAAAGAAGAAAGAUUUAGACACACGAUGGCUGUUGCAAAACUUCCUUCAAUUACAAGUGCAAGACCGAGAACAAACAAACUUCACGCGUUGACAGGAAGAAACUUUUCGAAAUCCGUGACUGUCCAAGGAGUUCUGCCUUCUUACAAAGUUUCUUUUUGUUCUCCUUCAUCGGAUUAUUCAUACAACCCUCAGAGAACGAAACUAACAAUGCCUGAGGAAGAACUCCGCGCAAUGUACUUGUGUCAUGAAGGAAUUGAAGAUGAAGAAGGACAGAGUAUUGCUGGAUUUUCUGCUGACGAAAAGAAUCAGGACGAAAUGAUGAUGGAAAUGAGAUCUCAGAUGUCCAAGGAAUUGACUGAAAGACCUCUCAGUUUCUCAACUCUUUCGAAUGUUGCUCAUGUAACUACUUUGUUGGAUAAGGCUGUGAUGCCUAAAAGACCUCAAUCAUUGCUCGCGAAAUCGAAUCCAAUUUCAAAGAGUCAGUCGAUUUUCGUUAACAUGGAAUAUAGAGAAAUUGAAUAA